UGACAACACAGCAUAGAACUUUGGUCGGAAGCCGUGGCUUAGCCGCAGGUUUAGCGAUUACCUAGCUCCUCGUUUUGUAGUAGGUUAGGCCGAUUUCACUGCAAUUAAAACUCUGACGGCUCUGAAGUCGCACACGGCUAGUUGAAGAUGAGGCUGAAGGAGAUCCAGAGGACAGCCCACCCGGCGUGGAGUCCUGUCUCACACCACCCUAUUUACCUGGCAUUAGGCACUUCAGCACAACAGCUGGAUGCCUCUUUCAACACCACUGCUGCCCUUGAGAUAUUUGAGGUGGAUUUUUCUGAUCCUUCUCUUGACAUGAAGAUCAAGGGAUCAUUGCCGACCUCGAACAGGUUGCAUAGUAUCAUAUGGGUGAAUUUUGGAAUGGGAGCAGAUGGCUCAGGAGGGAGACUGAUUGGUGGGAGUGAAAAUGGCACAUUAACAGUAUAUAGCCCAGAAGCCAUAAUUACUGAUGGAACCGACUCAGUAAUUGGACAGUCUGAGAAGCACACAGGCCCUGUCCGAGCACUUGAUUCCAACCCUUUUCAGAGUAAUCUCCUUGCAUCAGGAGCAAAUGAUUCAGAGAUAUAUAUCUGGGAUCUGAACAACUUUAGCAAUCCAAUGACACCAGGAGCAAAGACACAGCCUGCAGAGGAUAUCAGUGUUGUGUCCUGGAACAGGCAGGUUCAGCACAUCCUGGCCUCUUCCAACCCCAGUGGGAAAGCAGUUGUCUGGGACCUGCGAAAGAAUGAGCCUAUCAUCAAGAUCAGUGAUCACAGCAACAGGAUGCACUGUUCCGGAAUGCUCUGGCACCCUGAUGUGGCCACUCAGUUAGUGUUGGCCUCUGAAGAUGACCGCCUACCAGUCAUCCAGAUGUGGGACCUGCGUUUUGCAACGUCCCCCCUCAAAGUCUUUGAGAACCACACAAGGGGAAUUUUGUCCAUAUCCUGGAGCCAAGCCGACUCAGAGCUCCUGUUGAGUAGUGCUAAAGACAACCGCAUCCUCUGUUGGAACCCAAACACAGGAGAAGUCAUCUAUGAGCUGCCAACUACCAACCAAUGGUGCUUUGAUGUCCAAUGGUGCCCCAGAAAUCCAUCGCUGCUGUCAGCAGCCUCAUUUGAUGGCAGGAUCAGUGUCUACUCUGUGAUGGGAGGGAGCCUGGAAGCCCAGCAGCAAAGCACCGCUGAUAAGAUAUCCUCCUCAUUUGACACGAUGGAUCCCUUUGGAACAGGGCAGGUGCUCCCUCCCCUUAAAGUUCCCCAACCGUCAGCCCAGGCUACCAUAAUCCCCCCACUAAAGAAGCCACCCAAGUGGGUGCGCAGGCCAGUGGGGGCUUCCUUUGCUUUUGGUGGGAAACUUAUAACCUUUGAGAACCUCAAGGUGCCUCCAGGACAGAGCCCCCAGCCUGUUCCCAGACAAGUUUUUGUUAGCCAGGUCACCACAGAGACCGAGUUCCUCCAGCGAUCCAAAGAGCUGCAGGCUACACUCCAGUCAGGCUCUUUUAACAGCUACUGCCAGGCCAAAAUUCAAAACGCUCCAUCUGAUGCGGAGCAGGACAUAUGGAAGUUCCUUCUGGUCAAUUUUGAAGAUGAAGCCCGUGUUAAGUUCCUUAGGCUUCUGGGUUUCAGCAAAGAUGAAUUGGAUAGAAAGAUUUCAAAAUGCCUGGGGAAGAAUUUGCAGCCUAACGGACUUGGAGUGGAUGCUAAAGAUUUGGCUGAAAAGAUGCAGCAGCUCUCCACAGAGAGGUCUGAUGAGGCCAGUGCUUCAGGUGACAGCAGAACCUCUGGUUCUGCCUCACCAUCAGACUUCUUCAGCCAGAUCCCUAAGGAAAAGCCCAACUUCCAGAUCCCUGUCUCAUCAGAUACUGACGGCCUGAUAAGUCAGGCGCUGCUGGUUGGAAACUUUGAAGGGGCUGUGGAACUGUGUCUGAAUGAUGGCCGCUAUGCUGAGGCCAUCCUGUUGUCUAUCAGUGGAGGAGAGGAGCUGCUCAAGAAGACCCAACAGAGAUACCUGGAAAAGCAGAAGAACAGCGUCUCAAUGCUUAUAUCGUCAGUGGUCACCCAGAACUGGGGAGACAUAGUACAGAGCUGCGAACUGGACAAUUGGAAGGAGGCUCUUGCUGCUCUCCUGACCUAUGCUCACCCAGAAGAUUUUGCUCAUCUGUGUGACACCCUGGGAGCCCGUUUGGAGGAUGAGGGGACAGAGAAGCGUUGCCUUCAGGCCUGCCUCUGUUACAUCUGUUCUGGAAACAUUGAGAAGCUAGUAGAGUCCUGGGCUCUGCAGAGAGACUGUUCCUCUCCCCUUAUUCUAGAGGACCUGGUAGAGAAGGUGAUGAUUUUGCGCAAGUCAAUUGAGCGUCUCCGCAACAGCGAGGUGGCAGUUCAGAGUCCCAUCUUGGCAGAGAAGCUAACUUGCUAUGCUGGCAUACUGGCUUCAGAGGGAAGCCUUGUUGCUGCCAUGGCCUACCUCCCUGAGAAGUCAGAUCAACCCGGGAUAAAGAUGCUGAGAGAGAGGCUAUUCCAUGCUCAGGGAGAGGUGGCUGUUGGACAGCAGCCUCCUGCCCCCUACAACAGAGUCAGUGUAUCUACAGCCAAGCCUGCUCCUGUUGCUCAGGCACCGACACAAAAUGCACAAAUAAUGGGUCAGUACCAGCCUUCCCCUUCUACACAAAUUGCUCCAGGUGGGCAGCCUCCCAUGCCCUCACUUUUUACACCGCAAGCUGCUCCUACUAGCACUGGGCCUAGUCUACCUCCCACUUCUCAUGUACCACCAUCUAGUGCACCACGCCUCAGCAUACGACCUUCCUACCCACAGCAUCCGGCUCCUGCUUCAGGCUUCCCCUCUCAUCAGCCUUUCCAACCUCAACCCAUGCCCAUGGGUGGGCCCCCCGUCUUCCCUCCACCAGGUCCUUCUGUACCAGCUAACUUAUCAGGACCUCCACUGCCAUCAUCAUCUGCCCCCGGGGGGCUGCCUGCCAUGCCCAGCCCAGGGAUCCCACCAACGGGCUUCAUGCCCUCCACGUCUUUACCAUCAGGCCCCAUGCCUGUCAGCUCGCAACCCGGAGCCCCUGUCCCCAUGUACCCAGGGGGCUCUCACAACCAGGGCCCUCCUGCAGCCCCCAUGGCAACUGGCCCAUACCCACCGCUCGGUCCAGGGUAUCCACAGGGAGGACCCGGAGCUCCUGCUGUGAAGCCCUUCCCGGCUCCUGCCGUCCCUCCUCCUCCCACAGGUUACUUUCCUUGGCUGGGUUCCCAGUGUGAGGAUCAAGGAGCUCAGGAAGGAUGGAACGACCCCCCAGCAGUACGAGGUGGACCCAGGAAGAAGAAGGUUCCUGAUAACUACACUCCACCAGCUCCCAUCACUGCUCCUGUGAUGGGCUUCCCAGUAGAGACGCCUCAGCCCCGCGACCAUGCCCAAGUCCCACCUGGAGCCCCUCAGGAGCCCAGUGUGCAGCUUCUGCAACAGCUACCAGCAGAGAGGGUGGAGCAGAGAGAGAUCCCUUCUGAACACAUGGUGCUGAAAACCACCUUUGACAGCCUGGUGCAGCGCUGCCAGCUUGCUGCGGGAGACCCGCAAACCAAAAGAAAACUUGAUGAUGCAGCUAAACGUCUAGGAUACCUCUAUGACAAGCUAAGAGACCAGUCGCUCUCUCACAAUAUCCUAGCGGGGCUACAUGAGAUCAGCCGCUGUGUGGCCAGCCAGAACUACCAGCAUGGUCUGGAGGUCCACACCCAGGUGGUCAGCAGCAGCAACUUCAGCGAGAUCUCCGCAUUCAUGCCUAUCCUCAAAGUGGUCAUGACCAUCGCCAACAAGCUGGGAGUCUGACCCCCUAAGCCCCAAGAUGAACACAAGACUUCAGUGUUAUGGAUCACAUUGUUAAAUAUAUAUAUAUACAUUUAUUUAUUUCUUUUUUGAGCUAAUGAUGUGCUUUGAUAAUAGUGAUUACCGAUAACAUUGCAAAAUGUGGUAUUGCCCAUGUAACCUACUUCCUUUCAAAGGACUCCGCUGACUUGGCUGAUAAGGAAGAAUAUCCCGGGAGAGAAAUGUUGUUAACAUGGUAAUUUACAAUAACAUGAAUGUUUUCUGAAAGUAAUGAUCUUUGUGAAAUUUUGAAUGUGGGAAUGUUGAUGUAAAAUGUGAAGCAGUAAUGCUACAGCAUAUGAAUCAAGGGUGCGCUGGUGCAAGUGGGCACACACAAGUCAACCCUACACCAUAUACAAAGUGAGCUUCGUCUCACUUGAGCAGUAAUUGAUUUCCUCUGAACAAAUCGGAUUUUCAUGCAAUACUGUGACCGUGGUACUGUAUGAUGAGAAUUAUUUGGAACCAACACCUACUGUAUCCGAGGUGAGACUAAAUGGCAUGCAAUUAUGAAACUUGGGUCUGUUGGCGCACUUUUUGUGAGACAGAAAACUAAAGUGCUCCUUCGACGCGUCGCUCUGUACGGAGCACGAGCCAUGCAGCAGGUUCAUGACCUUUGGAUAAUCAAAGAAUAACUUUUAAACAUAUUGUAUGUACCGUAUGAUGAACUUGGACUCUGCACUUAAUUUUUGUCCUGUUAAUUGUGCCAUUUGGGGUUUUUGGGCCAAAGCACUACAACAGAAUGUAAUUCAUUGAUCUUAGUCAAGUUGCUGGAUUUGUUUUAAAUCUUCCAAGCACAGCGCUACUGCCUGGUGGCUUGUGUGACCGAACUUUUAUUUCUCUGCGUUUGCUUCACACCAUCUUUAGUCUGCAUGCUUCCAUUGUUUAGUACUACUCGUGCAUUACUCUGACUGCUAAGUUGCCACAGCAGCUCGUGAAGAAAGUCUGUUGAGUUGCUCAAGAUCUGACUCCAGCCCGUGUUAAGUCAACCACUCCUCUAUGUAGUCAUGUGUGUUUACACAGCCAUCCGCCUCCCCAGCUCCUUUUUUGAAAUUCUAAAUUCCUGGUAAAUCCUUUUUGAUUGUACAUUUAGCUUAGAACAUAGCCUACAAUAAAUACAAAAUCAGAGAAAACUUGAGGGAUGAUAGAAAAUGAAUUAUGAGGAAAAUGUGGUAUAUUGAGAUUCAUUAGACUUUGGAGGGAGUCUGUACAGAAAUAUAUCAUAUGGCAGCAGAAGGCAUUGAAGUGCCUCGGUGCUCCAUUUCGGUUGCACAGAUAUUUAUACAAUCCAUGUUGCUUAGUUUUAUCAUUUUCUGUAUAUCCUUUUUCAAAUAAAAUCUCAUUCCAAAGU